UCGACAAGUGGCGUUGCCAGCCCGUUAUAAAAAGAUUGCAACACUAUCAGCUGUCAGCGAAAUUUUAAUUUUUAUAUUAAGAUAAUGGGGUUACACCUACACAAACUAUGCAAUGCCGGGAACCAAACAAUGAACCAAGUUUGCUAAAACAUUUCAAAAUACUUUAAAAUUAUGUUCAGCUACCACAUUAAGCGUGCACUGCGCUCAAUUAAAUUAGAUUAUAUGAGGACAAUGGCGACACAGGGCUUUGGAACGUCAAUAAGCAACGAUAAGAGCACCGAUGAGCCCAAAAUUCUACAAUUCCCUGAAUACACAAACGAGGAACGGUCCCAGAUUCUGAAGAUUGUCAACGAAAACGAUGCCGAUCAACUGCUGGGCUAUGACAUAACCAAGGCACGCGCCAACAAACUUGAGACUUGGAAGGCAAGGAAUGGACCACUGCGGGAGCUUAGUGACAUAUUUUAUGUGGAGGGCUUCGGCUUAAAAGUGGCGAACAAGUUCUACAAGAGUCUACUGCAGCUGCCGGUAAAGCGAGUGAUAGUGCCACGUGCACGCACCGCGCCCUUCAUCACGCCCUCAUUGGACGAAGCAGGGCGUCAGCAGCUUAGCUCAAGCACUGCGGUCAGAAUUGGCGUAUCCAGUAUUAGUUGGUCACGCUUAGAGCUGGCCAGCGACAAACGUUCACCCUGCACCCUCACACACUGGCAACACCACGAGCUCAACGACAAGAAACUUCAUCUGGCGGAGCUGGCACAGCGAUGUCUCUACGUGGCACAUCAGAUUCACGUCGCCGACUGUUACAUACUCGAGAACCCACAAAUGGCACAGGCCAGCAGCAAUCCGGGUAGCAUUGACCAACAGAAUGUGAACAUACAAAAGGCCCAAGUGACGGCAAUGCUGAGCUACGCGCUAAUGGCGCGCGCUUUUUCCAACAAGCCGCAAACCAAUCUCUUUUACAUGCGUCGCUUCCUAACUGCCCGUCUUUUUAAUCAUCUAGUAGGCACGGAACGUGUGUCAUCUGAGGACACCAUCAUUGCCAUGAUGCGCACCUUUUACAAUCUACAUGAUCAGUCCGAUGAGCUGGAACACCCGAACAAGCUAGCAACUCAGAAUCUUCGCGCCCAAGUGCAGUUUCCAGAACAUUUGCGUAACAUGUUUGCCAAACAGGAGCGCCACCAUCGCGAGCUACUGGGACAAUCGUUUCUCCUCAAUUUAGCCUUUGUGCGUCUCGUUCUGCUGCAGGAUGAGGCGAGUCUAGCUGUGGUGACGCGCAGCUCUAAACAGUUGCCAAAUGAUUUACCUAACUUAUAAAAUUUGUGUUUGUUAAACAUUAUACUUGUUAAUUUUA